AUGUCAGUCAGUGAUGAUCCUGUGCAGGGUGUGUUCACAGUGUCCAUGAAGGACCUGCAGAAGAAAGACUCUGGGAUGUAUAUGUGUGUGCUGGACCGCAAUGGACAUUUCCUGUUAUCAGUAAAUGUAUACAAUAUAACAGUCACUGACACUCCAGGUGUGUCAGUAAAGGACAACAUGAUGGAGGCUGAACUGGGGCACAGUGUCACUGUACACUGUUUUUACAGCUACAGUUACAGAGGCAGGGAGAAGAAGUGGUGCAGGUCAAGAAAGGACAGUUUUUGUGUAACAACAUGGUACAAAGACACAUCCCAGCAGACAGUGACCCUAAAGGUGGACUCUACACUUGAGGUCUUCAGUGUGACAAUGAGGGACCUACCACAGAAGGAUAGAGGCUGGUACUGGUGCUCUGUUGGAGACCGACACUUUCCUGUUCAUAUCAGUGUCACUCAGAAAAGACACAGUAAGUGA